CGCCCUCCCCUCCAGCGAGAGCCACGGGACAUUUUAUGUUUGUUUUCCUGCUCGGGGGGGCGUGUGGCUUUUUCCCCUCUUCGCCCGCAGCCGGCGAGCGAGCGUUUCCCAGGGCGAGCGGCGCCACUCGCCCCAGUUUUCUAUGCGAGGUUUUGGGUCAUGAUCACAUCGCCCUCGCUUUCUGCUAUCAGAAGUAGCAAGCGCAGCAGCAGCGAGCCCGGAGGCAGCCCCCGCCGCAGCGCCGCCGACCUCCUCCUCCUCGCCGGGCCGAACGGGAACCUUGGGAAUAACGGGAGCAGCAGCAGCAGCAGCGCCAAGCCCUGCUUCCACGCCGUGCCCCCCUCGGACCCGCUACGCCAAGCCAAUCGCCUUCCCAUCAAAGUCUUGAAGAUGCUCACGGCGCGGACUGGACACAUUUUACACCCCGAGUACCUCCAGCCUUUGCCCUCCACGCCCGUCAGCCCCAUCGAGCUGGAUGCAAAGAAGAGUCCCCUGGCCCUUCUGGCGCAAACUUGCUCGCAAAUCGGAAAGCCGGACCCCUCCCCAUCCUCCAAACUCUCCUCGGUCACCUCCAAUGGCUCGGGAGGCGACAAGGACUCCAAGUCGGGCCCUUUGAAGCUGAGCGACAUCGGCGUGGAGGACAAAUCCAGCUUCAAGCCGUACUCCAAGCCCGGCUCGGAGAAGAAGGAGCCGGGGGGCGCGGGUGCCCCCGCGGCGGGGGUUGUGGCUGCCGGGGGGGAGAAAUCGGGAUUCCGGGUUCCGAGCGCCACCUGCCAGCCGUUCACCCCCAGGACAGGCAGCCCCAGCUCCAGCAACUCCGCCUGCUCGCCGGGGCUGCUCCCGCCGCCCGACGGCAAAGCCCCCGCCGACGACAAGAAGGACGCCGAGGGCUGCGGGAAGAGCGGCGGCUCCGGGUCCGAGGGAGGCGCCGCCAGCAUCGGCCACAGCCGGAUUAGCGUCAGCUGCGCCGGGAUUAACGUGGAGGUCAACCAGCACCAGGAGAGCGCGCCGGGCUCCAAGCCCAUCGCUUCGGACUCCGCCUCCUCCUGCAGCAGCACCACCGCCACCUCCUCCACCUCCGUGCUGGGCUCCGGCCUCGUGGCCCCCGUAUCCCCCUACAAACCGGGCCAGACCGUGUUCCCGCUGCCCCCGGCGGGCAUGAGCUACCCGGGGACGCUGGCCGGCGCCUACGCGGGGUACCCGCCGCAGUUCCUGCCGCACGGGGUGGCCCUGGACCCCACCAAAUCCUCCAGCCUGGUGGGCGCGCAGCUGGCCGGCAGCCUGGGCUGCAGCAAGCCCGCGGGGUCGAGCCCGCUGGCGGGCGCUUCGCCGCCGUCGGUGAUGACGGCCAGCCUGUGCCGAGACCCCUACUGCCUGAGCUACCACUGCGCCAGCCACCUGGCCGGGGCCACCGGCGCCUCCUGCGCCCACGACCAAGCCCUCAAGUCCGGAUACCCCCUGGUGUACCCCACGCACCCUUUGCACGGUGUCCACUCCUCGCUGACCGGCGCCACGCCGCCCUCGCUGGCCGGCCACCCUUUGUACCCUUACGGCUUCAUGCUCCCCAACGACCCCCAGCCGCACAUCUGCAACUGGGUGUCUGCCAACGGACCCUGCGACAAGCGCUUCGCCACCUCGGAGGAGCUGCUUAGCCACUUGCGGACCCAUACUGCCUUCCCGGGCACCGAUAAACUCCUCUCGGGCUACCCCAGCUCCUCGUCGCUCGCCAGCGCGGCCGCCGCAGCCAUGGCUUGCCACAUGCACAUCCCCACGACGGGAGCCCCGGGCAGCCCGGGCACGCUGGCUCUGCGCAGCCCGCACCACGCGCUGGGACUCGGCAGCCGCUACCACCCUUACUCCAAGAGCCCCCUGCCCACCCCCGGGGCCCCCGUCCCCGUCCCCGCCGCCACCGGACCCUACUACUCCCCUUACGCGCUCUACGGGCAGAGACUGACCACAGCCUCGGCCCUGGGGUACCAGUGAGUGGGGGGGCUUCGCAUCCGUCAGCGAGAGAAAGGACCCUGCGGAACUUGAUAAAUCCACAUUAAAAAUAAUCGGACUUUUUAUAAAAUAGUGUUCAUUUGCGGACUGGAUCCAUGAGCACUGUAUUUAUUUAUGUUAGCUUCAAGCGGGACAACGGAUCAUAAAGUGCAUUACUUAAACUGAGCUCAAUAGGUUAAAGAAAAAAAAGUGGAAAACGCCCAUUGUAGAAUAUAAAUAAAAAAAAAAGAUAGAGGUCUUCUCUUUAAUGUUACUUUAAAAUUGCUAUGAUUGUAUUGUACGUUCUUAUUUAAUGUCUCAUUGAAACAACAACAAAAAAUUUACAUGCAUGUUUGUUACUAAAAAAAAAAAACAACUCGCAAUUUGUCAGUUAUAAUUUCAAAUUGCAAUUAUUUUUAAGGUGUAUACCCUUGAAAGAGAAUUGGUAUUUUUUUGUAUGUAUUCUGGAAGAAAAAAAAACAAAAAAACAAAAACAAUUCUAUUCCAAAAACCUCAUUUGCCUUAUUUUGUUCUUUAAAAGGAACACUUAACUAUUUUUAAUUUUUAAGUCCACCCUGUAAAAAAGGGUUAAGUAAGGUUUACGUCAUGUACUAAAAUAGACAAUGUAUCACUUUAAAGAUUAAAAUUCCGUAUAUUUGAUGUAUUAAAAGGUUUUACUUUUUUUUUUAAAUACGCUUUGAUUCUGUUAUAAAACCCGAGUAGGUCUUGGAUGGAGGCGAUUGCU